GAACUGUCCCUGCUAUAUUCCUGGUGAGUCUGCCUCUUUCCUUGUGCUCUUGGUCAUUUCCAUUGCAUUUUUCCAACGUCAGCAUGGACACAGAUAUCGCAAAAGGGCCUCAGGUCAAGCCUGACCAUGUCGCCGCGGAGCUUCCGACGCGGGAUCAUGAGUCUAUGGACAAUGGCGAUGCGACAGAAGUCGUUGCUUUGGGUAGUGUAGAUCACGCGUUGGCUGCGAAAAUGCGCCUUGUGAACGAGGCUAUUGAACAACUUGGUCUCACUGGAUACCAUGUCAAGCUCUUUUUCCUGAAUGGCUUUGGAUACGCCGUGGACUCGCUGCUGCUCUUUCUCAUGAGUAUCGCUGCCAGCCAAGUGGUCUUGGAAUAUAAUCCACCAUUCACCCACGGGGCUCAGCUGGCCUUCUACAUUGCUCUAUUUAUCGGAGCUCUUUUCUGGGGGUCUACAGCGGAUAUUGUUGGACGCAAGUUUGCCUUCAAUUUCUCGUUGCUCAUUAGCGCAGUAUUCGCCAUUGCUGCCGGUGGUGCGUCCAGCUAUAUCGGCUGGGCAAGUCUGGUUGCCGUGUCUGCCUUUGGAUCCGGAGGCAAUUUGGUCCUUGACACCACUGUUUUCUUGGAGUAUCUGCCCGGGAGUAAGCAAUGGCUUCUGACCUUAUUGGCGGCAUGGUGGGGGGUCGGUCAGUUCGUGGCUGGAGUCAUCGCGUGGGGAUUCAUGUCCAACUACAGCUGUCCUAGUGAUGGAUCAGUCCCAUGCACCAAGGAGAAUAACAUGGGAUGGCGGUAUCUGUUUUACACCUCAGGUUCACUGGUAUUCGUCAUGAGCAUCGCGCGUGUCUUGAUCAUCCGCUUCCAUGAGACGCCAAAGUAUCUCCUUUGUCAAGGACAGGAUGAACUGGUCGUUAAACAAUUGCGGUCCUUGGCGGAGAAAUACCACCGUCCAUGUGAUCUUACCCUCGAGCGUCUCGAAGAAUGCGGGCAAAUAACUACGACUCACGCGAAUAAGCCAACUUCUCCUGUCGAGAUCUGGGUACAUGUGCGUGGCCUAUUUUCUACGAAACGACUCGCUAUUUCCACAGCGCUAGUCUGGUUCUCCUGGGCUCUAAUAGGUCUGGGAUACUCACUAUACUACGUAUUCCUGCCUGAUUACCUAGCCUCUCGCGCUGAGAAGUCUGGCGAUUCAUCGGCAUAUAUCACCUGGAGGAACUAUGCCAUUACGAACCUCAUGUCUAUCCCAGGCCCUAUAAUAGCUGCUUUCAUGUCCGAGACAAGGCUUCUGGGUCGGAAAUACACAAUGGCCAUCGGCGCCAUUAUGACCAUGGUCUUCUUCUUCGCUUACACCGCAGUGCGUACUGAUGCACAGAACCUUGGCUUCAGUUGCGCUAUCUCCGUCACUAUCAACAUCUACUACGGCACAUUGUACGCCUAUACGGUGGAGGUCAUGCCUUCCGCACACCGUGGAACGGGGAAUGGCAUUGCGGUGUCUUUCAACCGCCUCAUGGGAACCAUGUCAGCAGUUGUGGGCACAUUUGCAUCGACUUCGAGUUCCGUCCCGAUCUACGUUUGCGCAGCCAUGCUGGGUGUAGCGGGUAUCACGGCCGUUCUCUUUCCGUUUGAAACGCGGGGAAAGAGGAGCGUCUAAAAUAUGCAAAUGAUGCAUGUUCUAUUCAUAUGAUCGUUUCCUCGUUGAUGUUAUCUAUCAACAUGAUGUAUAUAUCCACCAUUAUUAUGAAUGUCCCGUUUUUACUAUAUGUUGCACUAAGGAUUGCGGAUUUGACA